CUAAAUGAGUAAUCGACAGUAUUUUAAUUAAUAAUUCCUACGGAAUGCUAAACUUGUUAUUAUUUCCAUCACGUUCUUAUUUAAUAUUUUAAAAUGUCAAUUGAAGUCGACACGUCGUUGAAAUUUUAAAUUCAAUUGCUAUCGAGCAUCAAUCACAACAAUUAAUAAAUAUAUAAAUAUUUAUAUAUUAUUUAAAUAUGAGUGUCAAUGUAGUCAACAAUUGGCGGGUUUUUUAAAUUUUAUAAUAAAUAAAAUUUUAAAAUUCAUAUUUAGAUAAUUCAAAAAUCAGCGCGCGCAUUUUUGAAUUAUUCAUCAAUUUUAAAUUUAUAAAUUCUCUCCCGCCUGUGACAUUGACACAAGUGUCAAUGUAACUGUCAAUAAGCAAUUUUUACAUUUUCGAAUAAAUAAAUAAAAUAUAAGAAGAAAAAUUAAAAAAUGCUGUAGAUAAUUCAAAAAUAAGCGCGCAUUUUUUUAAAUUCAAUUAUUUAAAUUAUGUAUUUAAAAUUUAUAAAUUGUCUCAUGUCUACUGCAUUUACACUCAUUUAAACUCAAGUUUGUAGAUAUUUAAAAAUUUAAAUCACUCAGGUUUUUAAAAUUUUCUACAACCAUAAAUAUAUAUACAUACAUACAUAAAUAUAUAGGUGAGUAAAUAUACGUACCGUGAGUUUUAUUUGAAAUCAUGAUGAUCCCAAGAAUGAACUUUCUCUCCUGGAAAAUGAAACGACGCUAUCUUUGUCUCUUGUACAUAGUGUACAUACAUACAUAUUGUAUGUACAUACUGUACUGUUUGGUUUUAAGACGAUGUCGUUUGAGUAAAGCAACAGCUAAGAGGCUCUCUCCGCAUUCCUUUAACAGUACAUACACAUAUUUAUAUAUCUAUAUAUAUGUGCACAACAAACACAAAGUCAUUGAAGUAAGCAAGACAAUAUACAACACAAGUAUACAAAGAACAAAAAUAAUCAUGUGUUUCAAAAGUUUGCAAUUCGCGAUUAAUCCAGACGGAUCAAAAACUAUUCUCUUUACACUCUUGCAAUCUGGCGAAAAAAAAUUCAAGUAAAAAGAAAGAAUCAAAUGAAAUGCUGAGAAAAAAUUCAUCACCGUCAUUAAAAUGCUGACAGUAAUGUGUCCAAACUGCCGGCACCGUUUUCCAGCACCGGGUUGUUGUAAUCCGGAGUCAUCAACUGAAGAUACAAGAAUGCAUCCAUCAACCCCAUCAUCACCCUCACCAUCAUCAUCAUCAUCACCAUCCUACGGGAAUUAUUAUAGCUGCGGCAACGGUUCACUUUUAUCCCGCGGUUACACCAAUGGCGGAUGUAUAAUAAACGCGCCGACGAUAAUCCACGGGCCGACAAUAAUUCAGUCAAAUCAAGCGUCAGGUACCGCCCACAUAACACCCACCGGAUUUUUAAAUGACUACUGGAAUCUUGCACAAAAACAAUUAAAUUCCGAGUGUAAAAUAAAUACAACUUGUGAUUUAACCGGCGGUACUGUUACAAUAACAACUCCAAAUAUUCAAUCUGGUGGUUAUUUAAUUCAAUCAUCUCCAGAUGUUGAUACUCUUAUUCACUCACCGCGUAUUGAAAUCAGGCCAAAAUUAUCUGGCGGUGGUUGUUUAUUACAAAAAAGACUGUCUGAAGAUAAUAAUUAUCAAUUAUUAUUUCAAAAUAAUGAUUACUUACCAGAUACCAUUGGUAAUUUUAAUUAUCAAUAUAAUUUUGAUAAAGAUGACUUUUGUCCAUCAGUACAUCCGCCUAGUGGGUGUCAAGAAUUACCAGGAAUUCGCCGUAAUUCGUUUGUUCAAUCCAAGCCAGACAAUUUUAUCUACAACAAUAUAAAUUCACAAUCAGAAAAUAUUCAUUAUUUUGAUAAUAAAAAACAUUCUAGUUGUCGAUGUCCAUCACAAUCAAAUUCCAUUAAUAAUAGUAAUAAUAAUAAUAACAAUUAUAAUAGUAAUUAUAAUAAUAAUUAUACUAAUAAUUACAAUAAUAAUAGCAACAUUAAUAAUAAUAAUAUAAAUAAUAAUAAUAAUAGCAACAAUAAUUUACAACCAGAAACAUGUCAACGUAAAUCAUCAACAGAAGAUCCAGGUGCUGUUCAAAUAAAAGUAAGCGCGACAAUUCAAUUACCAGCAAAUGUUGAUCAGUGUACAUUAAACAUAACAGCAACUAAAAGUUUUGGAAAUAAUGUCGACACAAUUACGACAGCUAAUGGAAUAAAUUCAGUGACAACGACGUCAAGAGCCGGAACUAACAGAAAUAUUACAAAUAAUUUUAGCGGCGGAGGUUUAGUACAAUCGGACAGUCAGUCGGUUAUUAAUUUAAAUAUUAAUGAGGACAGUGAUAAGCAAGACGACUUAUCAGUCGCGACACCAACGACACCGGUGUCCUGGUUGAUGCCACUGUCGUACACUUAUGAAGACAUUUACGCGCUGCAAAACGGCCAGCCUUUGACAGGAGAAAUAAAAAAGCUGCUGGGUAACACUGGAUGGUACUACGGGAAUAUGAACUGGCAGCAGAGCGAAAAUUUACUUAAAAAUAUGGAAAUCGGCAGGUGGCUGGUGAGAGACAGCUCGGACAGUCGAUAUGCUUUCACUAUUUCCGUUCAAACUAAACGUGGACCCACGUCUGUCCGAGUCCACUUUUACAACAAAAAGUUUCGGCUUGACUCGGAGCCUGCGCUGAUUCUGAUGAUGCCGCAGUUUGAUUGUCCCAUUAAAUUACUUGACUUUUAUAUUUAUUUUUCAAAGUACGGAAAUGAAAAACUGACCCAGGUUUGGGUCGACUACAGCGGUCAUGUAUUUAGUAAAAUUUUCUUAACAAAUCCAGUUGUCAAAGAUGUGUCUUCACUUUCACAUCUUGCGAGGAUUGUUAUCAAUAAAAAUAAAAUAGACACUAAACAUUUACCGAAUCCGAUUAAAAAUUAUAUCGCCGAGUAUCCUUAUACAUUUUAAAUUUACUAGUUUAAUUGCGUAGAAAAAUUUUUAAAUACUUUUUUUUUAAUCAAUAGCGUAAUAGAAAAUUUUUAUUUGCGACAUUAAUUAUUUUUUUAUAAACGAUUUUAAAAUUGUUCAUAAAAAAAAAAAAUGCUGUAUAAUAAUUAAUAUCUUCCAGAAUUUGUAAAAAUUUUGUAGUUAAAUUAUUACUAUUAUUAUUAUCAUUACAAAUUAAUGUUUUAUGUACAUAACUGUAAUCUAAGUCGGGGUUUAUUAAAUUAACGUACAAUAUUUACGACAAAUAAAAAUAAAACGAGUAAAUUUAUCAUGAAUUUAAUUUUAUUUAAAUUAAAACUCACGAUAAUGACCAAAGAAAAUUUAUAAUAAGCAAUUACUUAAAAAAAUAAAAAAAAUUUGUCAAUUUUAAAUUUUAAAACUCGUGACUUAGAAUUGCAUUAAUAUUUCUUAUUUA